GAUCCUAGCAGCCAGUAUCCCCACACCAUCUGUGCCAUUCUCAGACGAGCCCAGAGAGGAGGCAGAAGAAGGUGAAACAUGUCUGAACUCCAGAGUGUCGACUGGCAGACAGCCUACAAUGGACAGGAACAUCACACAGACAAGUUCUCCAGCCAGGAGCUUAUCGUGCGGAGAGGCCAACUCUUCUCCAUGUCAUUGACCUUAUACCGAAGUCUCGGCUAUAAAGGACAUGUGACAUUCACAGCUUCCACAGGGCCUUACCCCUCAGAGUCGACCAAGACAAAGGCUGUGUUUCCACUCUCCAGCAGAAUAAGUGGCACUGGCUGGGGUGCACAACUUCUGUACAGCAGGGGCAAUGUUCUGAACAUCUCCAUCCUCAGUCCUGCCAAUGCACCCAUAGGAAGGUACACGCUGAGCGUUCAAAUCUCCUUUGAGGACAAUGACUCCACUCUGAAACUUGGAACAUUCAUACUGCUCUUUAACCCCUGGUUGCGAGCCGAUAGUGUCUAUAUGAGAAACCAAGAUGAGAGAGAGGAGUAUGUUCAGGAAGAUUCUGGCGUCAUCUUCAUGGGAAGAGCAAGUUACAUUAGAAUGAUUGGCUGGAACUAUGGACAGUUCGAAGAAGGCAUUCUGAACAUUUGCCUCGCUCUGCUGGAUAAUAGUCUGAAUUUUCGCCGUGACCCUGCUACUGACGUGGCCCGCAGAGACGACCCCCGGUACAUUGGCCGGGUGCUGAGUGCAAUGAUCAAUGCCAAUAAUGACAAUGGUGUGAUUAGCGGGAACUGGAGCGGUAACUACACAGGUGGCCAGAACCCAAGUAACUGGAAUGGCAGCGUGGAGAUCCUCAAGAAGUGGAAAAAUUCUGGCUUCAGGCCAGUCCUAUACGGCCAGUGCUGGGUCUUCGCUGGGACCCUCAACACAGCGCUGCGGUCUUUUGGGAUUCCCUCCCGAGUUAUCACCAACUUCAACUCAGCUCAUGACACAGACCAAAACCUCAGCGUGGAUGUGUACUAUGACCACAGAGGAUGGCGCAUGAACAGAGGCAGUGACAGCAUAUGGAAUUUCCACGUCUGGAAUGAAGCCUGGUUUGAGCGGACUGACCUAGGCCCAUCAUACGGUGGAUGGCAGGUUCUGGACGCCACCCCCCAGGAAAGGAGUGAAGGGGUGUUCCAGUGCGGCCCUGCUUCGGUCAUCGCUCUCCGAGAGGGUGAUGUGAACUGGGACUUCGACAUGCCCUUCAUCUUUGCUGAGGUUAAUGCCGACCGCAUCACAUGGAUCUACAAUUCCUGGACCGGCGGCCUGAAGAAGAAUUCCACAAACUCUGACACCAUUGGCAAAUGUAUCAGUACCAAGGCGGUGGGCAGCAACUCUCGCGUGGAUGUCACCGAAAAGUACAAGUACCCAGAAGGUUCCAACCAGGAAAGGCGAGUGUUUGAAAAGGCUUUGGGGAAACUUAAACAAUACAUGCCGUUUACUGCAACAUCUGCAAGAAGCUUGAGAAUAGAGGAACAGGAGCCCGGAAUCUCCGGGAAGUUCAAAAUCACUGACAAACUGACAGUGGGCAAAGAAGUCAACCUGACCCUGAUGCUCAAAAACCUAACGAGUGAUUCGAAGACAGUGGUAGUGAACAUGACAGCCUGGACCAUCAUCUACAAUGGCACACUUGUACACGAGGUGUGGAAGGACUCCGUCACCCUAUCCCUGGGUCCCGAAGAAGAAAUACAGCAUCCUGUAAAGAUCGCAUAUGCUCUGUAUGAGAGGUACCUGAAGGCAGACAACAUGAUCCGAGUCACAGCCGUGUGCGAGGUCACCGACGAGACCGAGGUGGUGGUGGAGAGGGACAUCUUCCUGGACAACCCCACCCUGAUCCUGGAGGUGCUGGACCAGGCCCAGGUGCAAAAGCCUGUGACCGUGCAGAUGCUCUUCCGCAACCCUCUGGAUGAGCCGUUGAAGGACUGCACGCUGAUGGUGGAGGGGAGCAGUCUGCUGCUGGACACCCUCAAGAUCGACAUACCAACCCUGCAACCCAGGGAGCAGUCCCGUGUGCGUUUUGAGAUCCUGCCCACCCGGAGUGGCACCAGGCAUCUCCUCGCCGUCUUCUCCUGCAACAAGUUCUCUGCAAUCAAGGCCAUGCUGUCCAUCAACGUGAAAGAGUGAAGCGCCCAGGUGGCCCCAUACAAACUUGGGAACAUGGAGCAGGCAGGGCUCACCUGUGGAGUGAGCCCCCUGCCCACACACACUGUCCAGCCUGGGAAACUCACUCCGUCCCCCAAGGCGGCCUGGACUCGGACCUCCAGGCUCCAGCACACACCCCUCCCUUGCUCCCAGGCUGGGCUGGUUUCACCCUGGCCCGCGGCUUGAUCACUUUUGCACGUCCCCCAAGCUUCUCCUCAACACUGCCCACUCUGUGAGCUCCAUGACCCUGCUCAGCCCUUAUACCCUCAAUGCUGUGGGCAUGGAGUGGCACCUGACCCAGCAGCUCUCCAAAUGGAUACGGGGGGAGAAGAUGGUCUGGACUGUUUGCUGAUCCCCAGCCUGCAGUUGGCACAUCCCUGCUCCUCUCUUAGGCCACUAUGGAGGUGGGGGCAUGAUGGUUAGCCAUCUGUUGUAACACUCACAAACGCACCCUCAAAAUAAAUGCUAAAAAGAGCGCGAUCACACA